AUGUCUGAUUACGAGGACGAGAUGGAUGUUGACGUCCCCGCGCCAUCCAAAGACAUCACCUUCUCUUCCGACAACACUGCGAAGGGCAAACGGAGCGCUGCUAAUCUGCCAGUCGAAGCAGAAGACAGCCUGCCAUGGGUCGAGAAAUACCGUCCCGCAACUCUUGCGGACGUCUCGGGCCACCAAGACAUCCUCGCAACCAUCAACAAGUUCGUCGACUCCAACCGCCUCCCCCACCUCCUCCUCUACGGGCCCCCGGGCACAGGCAAAACCUCUACCAUUCUCGCCCUGGCCCGCCGCAUCUAUGGGCCUGAGAACAUGCGCCAGAUGGUGCUCGAGCUGAAUGCCUCCGACGACCGUGGCAUCGACGUUGUGCGCGAGCAGAUCAAGACCUUUGCCUCGACUAAACAGAUCUUCAGCAUGGGCGGCUUCGGUAGAGGAACUAGCGCCCUGGCUUCUUACAAGCUGAUCAUUCUCGACGAGGCGGACGCCAUGACCAACGCUGCCCAGAUGGCCCUGCGGCGCAUCAUGGAGAAGUACACAGCCAACACACGGUUCUGCAUCAUCGCCAACUAUUCACACAAGCUGUCGCCGGCCCUGCUAUCGCGGUGUACAAGGUUCAGAUUCAGCCCCCUGAAGGAGGCGGACAUACGCGUGCUGGUGGACAAGGUUAUCGAGGAGGAGCAAGUCAAGAUCCUGCCCGAGGCAACGGACGCGCUGGUGAAAUUGAGCAAAGGCGAUAUGCGUCGAGCCCUGAAUGUGCUGCAGGCAUGUCAUGCAUCCAGCACACCUUUGCAACCACGGGACGCGCCGAGGAUACCAGACAAGGACAUUGUACGAGAGACCGUCACCGUCGAUACCAUUUACAACUGCAUCGCCGCGCCACCACCCGAUGCCAUCCAAGAUAUUGUACAGACACUUCUCAACACGAGCGACGUUACUUCUUGCCUGACAACGAUUAAUACCCUAAAGGUCGCACGAGGCCUCGCUCUCGCCGAUAUCAUCACUGCCCUGUCCGAGGAAGUUGCGCAACUCAAUGUGAAACCGGAGGUCAUGAUCACCUGGCUGGAUGGUCUUGCAAACAUCGAGCACAGAGUGGCCGGAGGUGGUUCAGAAAGCGUUCAGACAGGUGCCGUGGUUGGCGUUAUGCGGAAUGGCGUGGAGCUCAUGGGUUGAGACAUAUGUUCUCAAGCAGAAAGAGAAGGCAACUGUUUACGGACAAUUGAAAUGGGAAGGAGAGGGCUUACAAAUCUUGUGCUUGCAUUUGAUGGUAGGCGUUUUGGUAAUGAGUGGAAUUAUGCACGAUCACCCAACACUGUGGACUGGCUGACAUUACAUGGCCUCUUGCUUGCUCCCCAAAAGAAUCAAAAUCACAGCUAAUCAUACAUCGAUCUACUU